CUGCUUUAUAAACUCAAUGCAUGCAGGUUUUGUUAAACUGGGAUAUAAACAUUGCCUUUCGAGCUGUUCAUUGUGACUUUAAAAGGGUUCUUAUUGAAGACAAUGGGCCGUUUGGAUGGGAAAGUGAUAGUCCUUUCUGCAGCAGCACAAGGCAUUGGAAAAGCUUCUGCUAUAGCUUUUGCCAAGGAAGGUGCCCAAGUCACUGCUACAGAUAUCAACGGGGAAAAACUUAAAGAGCUGGAUGGUAUUCCAGGGAUCAAAACCAAAGUUGUUGAUGUUACCAAGAAAGACCAAGUGGGGGCCCUGGCCAAGGACUUUGACUAUGUGGAUGUGCUCUUCAAUGUUGCUGGAUUUGUCCAUCAUGGCUCAAUACUGGAGUGUGAGGAAUCAGAUUGGGACUUCACUAUGAACGUGAAUGUUCGUAGCAUGUACCUGAUGAUCAAGGCCUUCCUGCCUAAGAUGCUGGCUCGUAAAUCUGGUAAUAUCAUCAAUAUGGCAUCUGUGGCAUCUAGUAUCAAAGGAGUUGUGAACAGAUGUGUCUACAGCACAUCUAAAGCUGCCAUCAUUGGACUGACCAAAUCAGUGGCAGCUGAUUUCCUGGAACAAGGAAUCCGUUGCAAUUGUAUCUGCCCUGGAACUGUAGAUACGCCAUCAUUACGACAGAGAAUUCAGGACAGACCUGAUCCAGAGCAGGCUUUUAAAGACUUUAUGGCCAGACAGAAGUCUGGUAGAUUGUGCACUGCAGAAGAAGUGGCACAUCUGAGUGUGUACUUGGCCUCAGAUGAGUCUGCCUACGUAACAGGAACUGAAGCCAUCAUUGAUGGAGGAUGGAGACUCUGAGGAUGUUUUGUUACAUUUAUUAAAUAACCUUUAACAUGCAUGCAGUUUGACUUCCAGAGAAACAUAGUCACUGAUUUUCUUUAUCUUUAAAACUUUA